AUGUUCGUGAUCAGGCAGCGCCGUUGCGGGCUCUUCUUGGUGGGAGCUACCUGUUUCCUAUUCGGCGGUACCGGUAAUACCAAUGCAUUUUCCGUCGUAUCCACCACUACCGGUACAGUCCGCCCCAGCAGCACUUGUGUAUUGCACGAGACUCCAAAGAAUAAUCCAUUUCAAAAUGGAGGCUACGAUCCUUCCGAUGCCAGUGCGGCGCAAUGGAGUCCCUUGGAAGCGGCAGAAUUUGUCAUUUUCCACGACAGUGAUCCCGCAACGGUAGGACGACAAUUGACGCAUUUGGUAGCGCACUGGAGUGGUCGUCAAGUGGGAGAGUUUGUAUCGCGCUUGUACGUGGGAGCGAUUUUGGACGACAAUGCGGGCAAAGUGCAAUUUGAAUCCAAACAUGUGCGUUGUCCGCAAUGGCAGUACGGAGGAUUGGACUCACCGGUAGGACGUCACGCGUUGAAAGAGUUGCUGGGAGCAGCCGUGCCCGAUGCCGUACUAGAAGAUCCCAAGGAACUCCUUCAACUGGCACAAUCGUUUUUGUGGAAACAAUUCACGUGGCCGGCCAAAACCACCAACACGUAUGCCACUACUCCUACUACUGCUACCAGUAAUAAGACUACACAGAACAAGAAGAAGAACAAGCAGAAAUUGGAGGCCAUUACCAAACCAAUCUUGGAAUCGGAUAGCUUUGCCAAUCAAGGUUACACUUGGGCUAUCAUACAGAUCUGGAAGGAACUCGGUCAGGAACGAUCUUUCGACAUUUCGUUGGAAGAGUACUUUACGGCAGAAAACGUGCUCGACGUGGCCGUCGACUUGCAACAACAGAACAAUCACAAGGAUGCCACCGUCUUAUUAUUGGAUUCCAAGCAGUUGGCGGAUGUACAAGAAUUCUUUGAUUUGCUGCAGGUACAAGUCACACCUGCUGAGAAGAUCAAUAUUGUACAGGGAUUGGCCAAGGCCAGUUGGCAUCCCACUACCAUUGCCAAGUUUGUUUCCAUUCUGUCGCCAACACCAGUAGCACACGAGAGGACAAAAGUGGAAAAGAAGGAGCAUAUGUUGCCACCACCACCACAACAGCAACCACAGACAACAACAACAACAAAAAGUCUCCACGAGACCCGCACCGCCCACUCGGAUACCACGACAACCCACGACCGCAUUCGCCAGAGCAUCCAAACAGCCGAUACGGUACGCAAAAGCAGCACUGUCACUCCUGCGACGCCAACAUCACAAAAACAGCAGCUUCAGCGAGAAUCAGAACCACAAAAGCAACCACGUGAAACCAAUGUGAGAAAAAGCAAGAAACCGAGCAACAACAGCGCUAUCGAUGAGGCAACCAGCAAAAUUCAGCAGAGGAUCCAACAGGCAGAUGCCGCACGCAAGAAACUCGAACAACAACUAGCAUCGUCAUCAUCAUCGUCGUCAUUGCCAUUGUUUCCUUGGUCCACCGUGCCACCCAAACGGGACGCCGCUGUUCUCCUCCAUGCUAGUACUACUACUGGUAAUAAUAAUAGUACCAUGGAUGGGCUCCCGUUCUUUGGAGUGUCAAGUGAUUACUUUGGGGAAACGACGACGACGACGACGACGACAAGUACCCCGACGUCGACCGUGGAAGAACGUCCUAAGAAACCAUGGCAGUAAAUAAAAAAAAUCCUACCAACCAACACAAGAGGGUCACUCAAUGGAAUCGGGACUGCAUGCAUGCAUUGCAUGUCGGCGGAACCAAGUGAAGAAUCGUGCACCAAAAGACUGCGCAAAUCGGUGAGGAUUGCUUUUUCCGCCCUCGGGCAUGGACUGGAUCCUUUGGUGGUGGUACAAAAUAACGAGGCAAAAGGCAUGCACGAAAGCCAGAUACUAUGACGCGUCUCGAAUUAAAUUGUAGUGGUUCACCAGAAGGGAACCUGUAUUGUUUAAAAAUGAAAAUGCAUCAAAUACGUAACGACUGCGUCUUUUUGAACC